GCUCAACUAAAUGGUGCUUUCAUCUUCACGUCAACACUUCACGUCAACAUUCGGAUCAGAUCGCAACUUGUGGCAAGAAUUGCUUUCGUCUAAUGGUUGAAUCCUCAAGAAAACGCACAUUCAUUAUCUUCAUGCCAACAUGAAUAUCUUCUUCGCAGGAAUGGGUUUUUGGUGAUUGAAAAGAAGCCAUUUCAUUUGCAUUUGACUAUCGACGAAACAACUACAUCAAUUGACUAGUUCAGUUUCGCAAAGGCCAUAAUAUAUCGAAAUUGAAUAAAUAUCUAAGCAACUUGUAUUCUUCAUUUGAUUUUUAAGACCACUAUUUUUAUUUCUGAAUCUUCUUAGACCACUAGACAAAAUGCCGAAGGUGAAAGGAAAGGGAGGCAAGAAGAACAAGCGCGCUAAGGGCAACACCGAGUUCGCCAAGCGUGAGCUUGUUUUCAAGGAAGAUGGCCAGGAGUACGGCCAGGUGUUGAAGAUGCUUGGUAAUGGACGUUGCGACGUCCAGUGCUUUGAUGGAACAAAACGACUUGCACAUAUUUGCGGAAAGAUGAGGAAGAGGGUAAAUAUAAGUAGAUGCAACUGGUAGUAGAACAAUGAGUGUCUUAGUAGAACAAUGAAUAUCAAUAUGUCUCUUACAACUAGUAGAAGUGUCUCAUGCAACUUACGACAACAAAGAACAAGAAUGCAACUAGAACAACAACAAGAAUGCAACUAGAACAACAACAAGAACAAAAAUGAAUGUCUAUUAACAGUAUGUCUCACAACAACAGUGUCUCUGAGAGAGUCUGCAGCAUGUAGUCUUCUAUGUCAACAUCUCUGAAGUAUGCUCUGUAACAAAUCUUUCCUCUCCUUGUUACAACUCUAGGUCUGGGUCAUGGUCGGAGACAUCGUUCUUGUAUCUUUGCGUGAUUUCCAGGAUGAAAAGGGAGACAUUAUCCUCAAAUACAACGCUGAUGAAGCUAAGAAUUUGAAGACAUACGGCGAACUUCCGGAGAACACCAAGAUUAACGAAACAGAUCUGGCCAAUGAAGACGACGAUGGCGAUGAUAUCGAGUUCAACGACAACGAAGAGAUAGUCGACCUGGCGGAUAUCUAG